AUGUCGAGCCUCAAAGAUAUCAUGGACGUAGAUGUGGACCCUCUCGAAUCUCAAGCCUAUAGAAGGAAGGAAGCCGCCCAGCAACAAGCUUCCCGACCAUCCAUUGAUCCUUCAUCUCAAAGUCCUUCCCCUCAGCUUGACGAUACUAAAGGAAAGUCAUCUAUCAACAGUCGUAGAUCAAACCGAGUUUCAAAGUCGUCCACCCAAUCUACAACAUCGCGUCCCCACUUACUACGGCGGCGUAGCAGCGGUACUGGAGAAGUCAUGGAUUUCUCGGCCUAUCAAGGUGGCGGGUCCAACCAAGGAAGUCUAUCAGGUAGUCCUCUGCAACCAUCUACAAGAGGAGGAAUGGACUCAAUGGUAGAUAUUGUGCCUGUCAAAUACACACCUGUGACUGGACGUAUCAGCAAAGCAAGGAAGGGUAUGCCAGUUCAUACAUGCGAUGACUACGUUCACCAGAGCGGAGCACCUCAGAAGCAAGUACAUGGACUAAUUAUUGUUCUUUUCGAUCGCAGGAGACACAAACUCAGUCAUGGUAAACCUGCCUAUCCAUGCACAUUUGAAGACUGCGAGAGAACAUUCCACCGUCCUGACCUACUGGCACGUCAUCUCAAUCGACAUGAGACACAAGGUGAAAAGGCAUACAAAUCUAGUGACCCAAGAAGCAGAGCCUCCUCAAGCGCGUCAGAGAGCGCUCUGAAGCUAGACUCGACACCGCGCGGAAUGUCUAUGGUCUUAGGUCAGAUGUCUCCAAAUGAUUCUAUGACACCGAGAACUUCAGGAGGAGCGGAGAAUUCGGCCGCAGCUGCAACCUUUAAUACAAUCACAAGCAAUUUCCAAGCUGUUGACUUCUCAUCCGCGGACUCUCACAGAGGGUCUGCCAGUCAGGCUCAAUUGACCGGUACGGAGGCGUACACUGCGGCAUCAUCUGAGCCAGUCUCAUCCAGGACUUCCUCAAGCUAUGGUGAGAUGACCUCAACCUUUAAUGUACGGCCCAUGCCGAAAUUUUCGGACCAGGAUCCCUAUCGGGCAACAAGUACCAGCUUCCAAGGAUUGUAUCCGGAAGAAGCUUCCUCAUUUCAGAGCUAUAGCGACCCGCAUGCUCUACCACUUUUACGUAUUCCAGAAGAACCUUAUAUGCCGGGUAUGUCAUACACGCAGGAAACUUCACCUUGGUGUUCAUCGGCUUCCGAUAGCACACAUUCAACUCAGUCGGAGAGCUCACGUACAGGGAGAAUGACAUACAGAGGUCGAUCUGGAUCAUUAGUCACAGCACCUGAAUGGUCCAUUUCAGUUUUAAGCACGCAGUGGCCUCAUGGAAUGGCCAACACAACUCAAGACCUCAGAAGUCCGCCUUAUGAAACAGUGAUGCAAUCUUAUGAGGCACCUUAUACGCCCCCUAGAAUGUCACCGCCAUCUCGGCAGCUUCUUGAUGUGCCUGGUUUCGGGGGCUAUUAUAUGGAAUCAGUGGGUAACCCACAAACCUCAACAUAUAAUAAACACUUGGCUCAGACUUUUCUUCCAGCGUCCCCGUCGCGAUUAUCCAACCCCCGAUUGGCAAUCCUUAAUAGAAGAUCGAAGGAGCUGGUGGGAUCCCAGCAAUUAGAAACUUUGACGAACAUUGGAACGAACAUUCUAUCUCCUUCGCAAUCCGCUACCUCUAACCUCGACAUCUAUCUUUCACUGUAUUGGAUCAAUUUCGAUAAACUGUUUCCAUUCAUUCACCGCGGAACUUAUAUACAGAACCAAGAUUUAUUACUCACCUUCGCAAUGGCUGCUAUCGGCACCCAAUACCAUCCCAACUCUGAAGCUCGAAAACAUGGCGUGGAGUUCCACGCGUAUUGUACCAGAACAAUUCCUUUGGCACUCGACUGGACACCACAAGUAAUGCAAGCCAUAUUACUCACAGAGAUAUUUACCCGUUUCCGUGGCAAGAAAACCACCACUCGCCUAUCUCGCCAGUUUGAAGAGUUAUACAACCGGCUUUUGAACUCAUCAUAUCCAACGUCUGAAACCAGCACUACUCCAAUCAAUAGCAGUACACCUGAUGGCCUAGUUAAUCACUUCAACGCAAGCACCAGAUUCCAAGAUAUACAAGGCAAUUGGUUGCUCUGGGUUGACACCGAAUCACAAAAACGCCUAUUAUGUCUUUGUUUCAUUUUCGACAUCCAUCAAGCAAUGUAUCACCAACAAAAACAAGCCGUACCAGAUUUAGGUCCCGCCAUGCUAGAUACUCCCUGCUCGGAAGUCCUAUGGGAUUUUACCAAUGCAGCUGACUGGGCUACCAACGAAACAAGGAAUAAUGCAGGCCAACCACUUCAUGCCGUGCAACACCAGUUUGCCCAGGAGGGUCCUGUCGAACUUUCACAUUUUGCUCGAUCACUUAUAAUCUGUUUCUUAACAUCUCAACUUCCCGGGGGUGCCAAUAAUGGUUAUCAAUACCCGGAUGACUUUCAAAUACACAACACUCAUGCCACAACACUCGAGCUUGUAACAUUAUUUCCAGAAUCUUCAAUGGUACAUACUUACCUUGCGUUAUACAAUACCCCACUCUACGACCUUUUGAUUAUCAGCGGGGAUACCUGGGUGUUUUCUCAAAAGAUAACACACCAAAACUACUUCCGCGAAGCACAAUCCCGUCUUAAAACAUGGUCAUCAUCUCUAGCAGCAGCUACUGCCACACACCAUGCUUGCCGCAUCUUACUAUCUGAGUUCUCAACACCAUAUAUUCCUUCCGAUCAUAACACAACUUCAUGUUCUCUCGAUCUCUCCCAUUAUUGGUCUUUGAAUGUAGCUGCCUUGAUCUGCUGGGCAUUUGGACAUCGAGCCAGCGGAAGUAGCGGUACUUCUUCCCGACACGGUUUAGACACAUUCACAGAUUUAGACUUCAAUUCUUCUCCAGAAGCUUCGGAAAAAUUACGACUUAAAGCUCUCACGUAUCUCGAUUCUAUGCUAGAGCUAGAUACCAAGGAUCUCCUGACUGGCAAAGCGACCAUGCGAAAGGAAACCUCUCCCAUAAUCGAUGCAGUGCGCACACGGCUAGAGAUUGAUAGUGCUGGAGGCAACUGUAUGAGUCUCGUUGAUUCUAUUUGUGUUUUGAGACGGCUCAGAGAGAGUGGAAGAGGAAAGUGGUUCUAA